CACACACCUGAAGUUGUCUUUCUUCCAUGUGGCUACUACCAACCAUUUCCUUCACUUUCCUUCCCAACCAAACCAACACUAGCCAUGGCAUUGAUCAACCAAUUCAUCUUCCCCACUCAAACAUGCUUCCCUUUGCAUGUUUCAGCUUCACAAUCCAAGCAAGUACUGCUUUGGUCUCUUACCUCAAACCCCUUCAAACCAGUUUUGCCAUCAUCAAGAAGGAAAAACACCAAGUGGGGUGCCACUGCAGACAUCAAAACCGCACCUUUACUUGAUGGGGAAGAAGAUCACAAGGUUCUUGUUGGUCCUUCUAGCGAGGAGGAGCGAAGAGGUGACAGGGUUGUUGCAGAUUAUGACUGGACAGAGGAAUGGUACCCUCUGUACCUCACUAAGAAUGUUCCUGAAGAUGCGCCUCUUGGUCUCAAAGUGUUUGAUAAGGACCUUGUGUUGUUUAGAGAUGGGAAUGGCGAGUUUCGUUGUUAUGAAGAUCGAUGCCCCCACAGGUUAGCAAAACUAUCUGAAGGCCAGUUAAUUGAUGGAAGGAUCGAAUGCCUAUACCAUGGAUGGCAAUUUGAAGGCGAGGGAAAAUGUGUGAAGAUACCUCAGCUUCCAGCUGAUGCCAAAAUUCCUAAGUCAGCCUGUGUUAAAACAUAUGAGGCGAGGGACUCUCAAGGUGUUAUUUGGGUAUGGAUGUCUCUAAAGACACCUCCAAAUGUCAGUAAGAUACCCUGGUUUGAGAACUUCGCGAGGCCAGGGUUUCAAGAUGUCUCAACAACUCAUGAACUCCCAUAUGAUCAUUCUAUUCUUCUGGAAAACCUGAUGGAUCCUGCACAUGUCCCAAUCUCACAUGAUAGAACGGACUGGACUGCAAAAAGAGAGGAUGCACAGCCACUGUCUUUUGAGGUGGCUGAACGAACCGAUAGAGGGUUUGCAGGUUGGUGGGGCAGAGAGAAAGAUGGCUCCAGGCCUAAUUUCUUACGGUUCGGGGCUCCUUGUGUUCUGCAAAACAACAGAGAAAUUGUUGAUAAAAAUGGUGAGACAAACUACUUCAGCGGUCUGUUCCUAUGUAGACCAACUGGGCAAGGGAAAUCCAUGCUGAUAGUGAGGUUCGGAACAACGAAAAGAACUCCAGUCGCAAAACUGUUUCCUGAAUGGUACUUCCAUCAGAAUGCAAGCAAGGUGUUUGAGCAAGACAUGGGAUUUCUAUCAUCCCAGAAUGAAAUUCUCUUGAAAGAGAAGCUUCCGACAAAGGAACUAUAUCUGAAUCUAAAAUCAUCAGACACAUGGGUUGCUGAAUACAGAAAGUGGAUGGACAAAGUGGGACAUGGGAUGCCUUAUCACUUUGGUCACAGCACUAUUUCCUUGCCCAAAGAGCCUGCUGUGGUUGAACAUGCACCUGCUGGACUGGUUGCAGGACUAUCAGCUUCAUCUCCUGCCAAAGGGGGUAUUGGAACAAUGCAUGCCCCAAAUUUAGCCAACAGAUAUUUCAGGCAUGUAAUACAUUGCAAAGGAUGUAGAACAGUCGUCAAAGCUUUCCAAGCUUGGAAAAAUGCCCUUACAGCUGUGGCAGUUGCAUCAGCAGCAUUGGCAAUUCUAGUAUCUGGGAGACAAUGGAAAGCCCUUCUGUUGGUUUCGGCAUCCCUGUGCUCUGUUGGAGUCUAUGCUUGUUCAACUGCUAUUGCAAUGAAUACUACAAACUUUAUUAGGACACAUAGGAGAUUGUGAGCAACAACCUGUUAAAAGAUUAUAUAACAUUUAGUCUCAUCUUAUCUGAUAUAUAUACCAAGCAAGGAAAUGGAGGAAAACACCCUCCAAUCUGGAUUUGGAUUUCCUGCAGUUAAA